GUAGCACAUGACACGAGUUUUCCAUUAUCGGUAAAUAGUAUGCUUCUGACUCACAGAUUCGAAUGCAAUAUUUGUUUGGAUACGGCAAAGGAUGCUGUGGUUUCCAUGUGUGGCCACUUGUUUUGCUGGCCUUGUCUUGUGCAAUGGCUAGACACGAGACCAAAUCGCCAGCUUUGCCCCGUUUGCAAAGCUGCUAUCAGUAAGGAUAAGGUGAUUCCACUGUAUGGUCGAGGAGGCGAUAAUACUGAUCCUCGCGAGAAAUUACCACCUCGUCCCAGGGGUCAACGGACUGAGGCGCCUCAACAGGGUUUUCCUGGAUUUCAAUGGGGUGAUGGUGGACCAGGUGGUGGCGUGCAGUUCUCAUUAGGGAUUGGUGAGUACAGAGUGUUUAUUGGAACUCUUGGCGUUUUUCCCCUGUCUUUCUUCACUACAUGGUUCAACGCGCCGCAAGAUCCACGUCCAGCAGCUCCUCAACAAGGUUCUCGCCAGCAUCAGGAAGAGCAGUUUCUUUCCAACAUGUUCUUGUAUCUUGGAGUCUUCUUCGUUUUAUGGCUUGUAUUCGUAUAG